AUGAAACAGACAAUGAACCAGGAAGGUGCCGAAGAACAGAUGGGAAGAAGUGGAGAUGCAGCAAAAAUGUAUUGUCUGGUCAUAAAUACUGUGAUAAGCACAUGCAUAGGUAUUAAGAAGAAGCGUCCAGUGGAAACUACUCACUCACACGAGAAUGCUGGUUUUAUCCGAGUAACCGUGAGACCAGAUAAUAGAUCUGUUUCUUGCGAAGAUGGAGAUGGCCAGAAGCUCCCUGUUUCAGGUUUGGGAACUCCAUUGACCCGAGUUUCAGAUGAGAAGAACACUAAUAGCUGCAGCACCGACACCACCAUUACUGACAUAGCUUUAAGGGGGGAAGAAGACAACGAGGAGGAGGUCUUGUCAUUGUGUUCUUCAGGAGUUUAG